UGUUUCUUUUUUUUUCUCUCCUUUGUUGUUGUUGUUUCUUUUUCUCCGUUCAUUGUACAUUUCAGGGAGGCUACCUAGAUGGAUUACGUUCACAUUUGGGUGGUUUAACACAACGUGUCAAAUCAUGGUAUUGGGGACGACCUCUUGAGUUGGCCACAAAACUAUCACGAAGUUUCGAUAUGAAGGAAGAAGGCGGCACCCUACUGGGCGAAAAAGGUGUACGUAGACAUCAGUCUAUGCAAAGAUUAUCGGCUGAACAGCAGCAGCAAAAUGGUUCAACGACUGAACAAACAACCCAUGAACACAAUCCAAACGUCGUACCUGAUCAUAGAGGCAACUUACACAUUACAGUUAAGAAAACAAAACCCAUAUUAGGUAUUGCUAUCGAAGGUGGUGCUAAUACAAAACAUCCGCUUCCUAGAAUAAUAAAUAUACAUGAAAAUGGAGCAGCAUUCGAAGCGGGCGGCCUAGAGGUGGGGCAGCUGAUACUGGAGGUGGAUGGUAAUAAAGUCGAAGGCUUGCAUCAUCAGGAGGUUGCCCGACUUAUAGCCGAAUGUUUUGCGAAUCGUGAAAAGGCUGAUAUAACCUUUUUGGUUGUCGAAGCGAAAAAAUCGAAUUUGGAACCCAAACCAACUGCUUUAAUAUUCUUAGAAGCCUAACAUUUGCUUGCCCUGCCGGCU